AUGUGGAAAUCCUUUACCAAAUCCUCAAGUCUUCAUGUUCACUACAGAAUCCACACCAGAGAUAAAUAUUACAAAUGUAAUGAGUGUGUGAAAUACAUUUACCGGUACUCAAAUCUCCAAGUUUAUCAAAGAAUACAUACUGGAGAAAAACCUUAUAAAUGUAGUGAGUGUAGGAAAUCCUUUUCUGGCUCUUCAACUCUCCAAAUUCAUCAAAGUAUCCAUACUGGAGAUAAACCUUACAAAUGUAAUCAGUGUGGAAAAUCCUUUAAUCAUUCUUCAACUCUCCCAUGUCAUCAAAUAAUGCAUACUGGAGAUAAGUCAUACAAAUGUAAGGAAUGUGGGAAGUCCUUUACUUGCUCUUCAACUCUCCAAUGCCAUCAAAGACUCCAUAGUGGAGAUAAACCUAACAAAUGUAAUGAAUGUAGGAAAUCCUUUACUCAGUCUUCAGCUCUGCAACGUCAUCAAAGUAUCCAUACUGGAGAUAAACUUUACAAAUGUAAUGAGUGUGGGAAAUCUUUAUUCAGUACUCAAAUCUCCAAGUUCAUCAAAGAAUUCUUACAGGAGACAAACCAUAUAAAUGCAACAACUAUGAGAAUUCAUUUACAAGGUCAUCCAAUCUUAAUGUUCAUCAAAGAAUACAUACUCGAGAAAAACCUUAAAACUGUAAUGAGUGUGGGAAAGACUUUAUCAAUAUUCAUCUCUCCAAAGUCAUCAAAGAAUGCAUAG